UCUCAAGACAUCGAUUAUCACAUGAUAAUUUUACAAAUUCAAUAUUUCAUUGCAAAAUGGCUGGUGGUUUAGACAGAGCUAAAAGUAGUCUACCAAAGAUCAAAGAUGAAGAAAGAGAAUCUAUUUUUGGCAAUGUGUUUGCUGUUUCUGGACCAGUCGUUGUGGCACAGAAGAUGGCAGGGGCUGCUAUGUACGAGUUGGUUCGAGUCGGUCAUUCAGAAUUAGUGGGAGAGAUCAUUCGAUUGGAAGGUGACAUGGCAACCAUCCAGGUUUAUGAAGACACCUCUGGUGUAACUGUUGGAGAUCCUGUGUUACGAACAGGAAAACCUCUAUCUGUAGAAUUAGGUCCUGGAAUUAUGGGUAGUAUUUUUGAUGGUAUUCAAAGACCUCUGGCAGACAUUUGUGAUAUCACACAGAGUAUUUAUAUACCUAAAGGUAUAAACACACCAGCAUUAGACAAAAAUAAAAAAUGGGAGUUUGAACCUCAAGGCAAUAUCAGAGUUGGUAGUCAUAUAACUGGAGGUGAUAUUUAUGGAGUUGUAUAUGAAAAUAUUCUAGUCAAACACAAAAUCAUGUUACCACCCAGAGCAAAGGGCAAGGUCACAUGGAUAGCUGAUCCAGGUUGUUACGAUGUUAAUGAUGUUAUUUUAGAAACAGAAUUUGAUGGUGAAAAAUCUAAAUUUACCAUGUUACAAGUAUGGCCUGUACGUACAGUUCGUCCUGUGACAGAGAAAUUAGCUGGUAAUUACCCACUACUCACAGGACAGAGAGUGUUAGAUGCUCUUUUCCCAUGUGUACAGGGUGGAACAACAGCUAUCCCAGGUGCUUUCGGAUGUGGUAAAACUGUAAUCUCGCAAUCUUUGUCUAAAUAUAGUAACAGUGAUGUCAUUGUCUACGUAGGAUGUGGAGAAAGAGGAAAUGAAAUGUCUGAAGUACUGCGAGAUUUCCCUGAGUUGACUAUGGAAGUUGAUGGAAAACCAGAAAGUAUUAUGAAGAGAACAGCUUUGGUUGCCAAUACAUCAAACAUGCCUGUAGCUGCUAGAGAAGCUUCUAUUUAUACUGGUAUUACAUUAUCUGAGUACUUCAGAGAUAUGGGCUACAAUGUAUCCAUGAUGGCCGAUUCUACGUCUAGAUGGGCUGAAGCUUUGAGAGAAAUUUCUGGUCGUUUGGCUGAAAUGCCUGCCGAGUCUGGUUACCCAGCAUACCUUGCUGCUAGAUUGGCUUCCUUUUAUGAAAGAGCUGGUCGUGUGAAAUGUCUGGGUAAUCCGUCUAGAGAGGGCAGUGUCAGUAUUGUAGGAGCUGUGUCUCCACCUGGUGGUGAUUUCUCAGAUCCUGUAACUUCAGCUACCUUGAGUAUCGUACAGGUGUUUUGGGGUUUAGAUAAGAAACUUGCUCAACGUAAACAUUUCCCAUCUAUUAAUUGGUUGAUUAGUCACAGUAAAUACACAAGAGCAUUAGAUGAGUUCUAUGAUAAAAAUUUCAAUGACUUUGUGCCACUAAGGAAGAAGUGUAAAGAAAUUCUACAAGAAGAGGAAGAAUUGUCAGAAAUUGUACAGUUAGUAGGAAAGGCAUCCUUAGCAGAAGCAGAUAAAAUCACAUUAGAAGUUGCCAAGUUAAUUAAAGAUGACUUUUUACAACAAAAUGGUUACACACCUUAUGACAGAUUUUGUCCAUUUUACAAGACCGUUGGUAUGCUGAAGAAUAUUAUAGGUUUUUACGAUAUGGCUAAACAUUCAAUAGAGAGCACAGCACAGAGUGAAAACAAAGUAACAUGGGCAAUAAUUAGGGACCAAAUGAACGAUUUAUUGUAUAAACUUAGCAGUAUGAAAUUUAAGGAUCCAGUAAAAGAUGGAGAGAAGAAAAUUAAAUCAGAAUAUGAAGAAUUGUAUGAAGAACUUCAACAAGCAUUCCGAAAUUUAGAAGAUUAAAAUAUAAUUCAAACUUAAUUCUGUUCUCCAUGACUAUUGUUAUACUAAUAAUUACUGUAUAGACUGCUAGUACAUAUACAUCUAAUGAUCCAAGCAGGUUCUUGUUGACAAUAUUACUCAGAAUUUUGUGUAACAUAGAGUAGAUGUGUUAGGAUAAAAUUUAGAUAAAGGCAAGUAAUGUCAGAAAAGUCGGAUAUUUUUGCUUUGGGUUAAUCAAGAUAUUGAAUCAAGGAUUAUUCAGGAUUUUUUCUAUAAAUUAAAAAACAAAUUAUUUUACUCCAUUUUGCCCUUUCUGCAUACAAUUUGCCAUUUCUGCAUUCAAAGGGUAUUUUUAUUUAUUUAUUCAUAUGUCAAGAAUACCUUAUCUUUGUAAUUAAGAUAUCAAUAAAGAAUUGAGGGUGAAAAGUUUUAAUAUUUUUAGAUAAGUUGCAGAACAAGUGUUUUACAUAGUGAUAAAAAUAAAGUUUCAGGGAAGCUAUUAGUUAUGAGAAAAAAAUAAUUUAUAAACAUUCCAUACUUAUAUAUUAAUUUCAUAUUAAUAUGUAAAAUAAAGUUGGUCGAUGUAAACACUGAUCUGUAUGAUAAGCGGGUAAAUGAAUGCCAGGUUAUGCUGUCAAAAUAGCAGUAAAAAUGAUAUUUGUUACAAUUUAUAAUUUUAUAGUUUCCAACAGAAAAAGUAAUAGUAACAGUUUUUCUCUCAUUUUAUUUGCAAAUUAAUUCAAUAAAAGAUAGUUAAAUAACAUAGAUCAUAAUUCGAAGUGCACCACAAAUUUUAUUUUGUAAAUUCUAUACUGUUACAAAUCUUACUAGCAAUAGAUUCAUCAUUCAAAAAGGGAGAUAAUUCAUAUUUUACUGGAAAACUGACUGAAAAUAUAAACCAUAAAUCAUGUGUACAUAGUCACAAUAUAGAGUGUCAAUGUGAUUGAGAGAGUGUAGGAGGUACAUGUGCAUUGAAAGUAUGAAAUACCAUUGAAAUCCAUAAAUAAACUAUUCAGCACCCCCUAAAUGAGAACAUUAAAGGAUGAAAUUCUAAAACAAUAAUUUCCCUAUAUUUUUUUGCUGAAUUAGUUAUGGAUCUGUCUCUUUCAAGUAAUUUUGUUUGAAUUGAUAUAAUUUAUAUAGCAAUAGAUAGAUAGAUAUAUAUUUGGAUAUUUCUGUGAUACAUAUGUGUAUGUCUUAAUUUAGUUAAUUGUUUCAUAAAAUUAAUUGUUUUCUAUAUUUUAAUGUAAAGGAAAUUCAAAUUGCCUAUAUAUGUCGGUUUGAAUCUUAAUCUUCAUUCAAUCUGAAUAUCCUAGAUUAUAUAACAAAAAUUAACAUUUAGAGAACAUAAAUGGGAGAAUGGUUGCCUUUAUAUAAUAUCUGUGAGUUCUAGUCAGUUGAACAUAUUGUUAUGUUUAACAUUCCAAAAAAAUAUGUUAUCUUCAAUUCUAAGUUGGCCCCUGUUUGGAAAAAAAAGUGACUGCCUUUAAUUUAUUGUAAAGCUCUUAUUUAAAUGUAAUUAGAGACUACACUUCAAUAAUUUUUGGAUUUAUGAUUUUUGAUAAAAGGGAGGAUCUGAACCAUUCAUUUAUUAGUAAGACAGAUUACACUUUGUGUGUAAAUUUACCAUAAGAAUUGCACUAUUUUGAAAGUUGAAUUUAAAUUACUGCUUCAAUUAAUUUGUGUAAUAAUAUGUACUGUAGUUGUUGUUUUAUUGUUUGAUUAAUGAAUAUGCAUGAUUACACAAAUUAUUUAAUUGUUCAUAUUAACUCAUUUGAAUUUUCAAAUCACAUUAAUAUAACUAAAACUAAUGCUGAGAUACUUAUUGCAGAAAACAUUUAAAAAAAAUUAUGUUAAUGAUUUUCCCAAAAAAUAUUUCUGAGCUUUCAGGCCAAUUCAGGGUAAAUUUGAAGUUACGAAGUUGAAAUUUCAAAACAACGAUUCCUUUCCAAAUCUGAUUUUUACUGGAGGUUUUUUUUUUCAUAUUCUCAUCAUAUUUAACGUUACAUUAACCAGGCAACAUUGUAUAAGAAAUAUGUAUUUGAUGUUAGACAUUUGUGUUUUAUUUGUUAGACAUAUGUGUUACAUUGUUUUCUACACCAGUACGUGUAUGUUAGAAAAAGUGAUGCAAAAUUUACAAUAUAUAUAUACUAUCUGGUAUCAAUAAUAAAAAUUGAACACAA